AUGCUCUGCCUCGGCGUCCAUCCCUUCUCCCCGGCUUCCUCCUCCCCACUCCACACCUGCCUCCUAUCGAGACCGCUCCGCUCACCUGCCGGCGCCGCGCUGACUGCCUCCUCCUUGGUGCCGCCAUCCGUCUGCUGCGGCUGCACUGCUGGCCGGAGCCGGCGUGCAACGACGAUGGCCGCGGUGUUCUCGCCGGUGGGCAGCAGCGGCCUGGUCCAGGACCUCGUGUCCAGUGGCGUAGCCAGCCUGAUUUGUCAGGAUGGGUGGUCCAUGGACCACCCUGGCCACCCCCUAGCUACGCCACUGCUCGUGUCCUCGGCCCUCACCGCAGGCGUCGCCCACGGCCUCUUCCAUUUCUUCCAGGGGCUUGUCGAGCGCAGCGUCUGCGAUCUGGGAGUACUCACUGCAAAGCCAAGCAUGGCAACAUGGCCGACGAAGAGCUCGUUCUCCUUGAGACUCAAUAGGAAACUUAUGCACAUAACUAUUGGGAUGGUACCCUUGCUCUUUUGGCCCCUUUUCAGUUCGGGAAGGUAUGCUCCUUUCCUUGCUGCACUUCCGUCUGCGAUUAAUAUUUUAAGGACUCUUCUAUUGGGGCUAGGAAUAAGAAAAAAUGAAGCAGUAGUCAAAAUAUUGAGCCGAUCUGGAGACCACAGGGAAUUUCUCAAGGCACCAUUGUAUUAUGUUACUGCUAUAGCUUUGGCCACUUCUGUAUUGUGGAGAACAUCUCCAAUUGCUAUAGCACUUAUCUGCAACUUAUGCGCCGGAGAUGGUGUAGCAGACAUAGUGGGGAGACGUUUAGGGAAAGAAAAGCUUCCAUACAACUCCAACAAGUCAUAUGCUGGAAGCAUAGCCAUGGUUGUGGCCGGUUUCUUGGCUUCAGUUGGGUGCAUGCAUUGUUUUCACACUUUUGGUUUCAUUGAGGAAAGUUGGCACAUGACGUUCGGCUUCCUUGUGGUCUCCAUAGCCGCGGCACUUGUAGAGUCACACCCCAUCAGCACUGAACUGGAUGACAAUUUAACUGUACCUCUCCCGUCAUUCCUGGUUGGUAGCCUCAUUUUAUGA